GGGAGGGCAGGGCAGGGCAGGGCCGGGCCGGGCAGGAGGGGCCUUCCCUGCCGGGGGGGCAGCGCGGCGGCCGCGGCCCCUCGGGGGGACGCGCUGUGGGCGGGAGGCCGUGUCCCUGUGGGGCGUCUGGGGGCUCGCACGGAGGUAUGAGCUGUUGGCGGGUUUAGGGCUGCCUCAGACACCUUUUUAGAGGCUCUCCAGCCUAAACGGAGGGUGUUGAAAGGCGCGUUUGUCAUCGCGCUGCCUUCCCACCGCAGCGUUUUCUGGGCGCGAACGACUAGCUUGGGCUUUUUUCUUCUCUAAAUACAAACCUUGAUCUUUUUCGUAGCGUGCCAGGCACGUCGAAGUUUUGCUGGACAAGUUACUCGUUGAGGAUGUACUCUUCUCUGAAGAGACACUCAUUCCGGGCAGCCUGACGGGUCCUUGCAGAGAGGGUGGUGCGGGUCUCCUCUCACAGAGCUGCAAUUGUUUUACCUAGGUUAAAUGAUGGAAAUAUACACUAAAGAAAAAAAACCACUGUCGUAUCUUUGGCAUUAAUAUCUGUGUGAAAGAAUCUAGGAUGUUCCAAGAAAACACAUCAGCCAAUUGCUUAAAUGUAAUAACAACAUCUACUGAAGAUGGUGCUUUCCAAAAAAAAGGCCAUAGUGCAAGAAUCCUUAGUCCAGAAGAAGCUGAGAGACUGGAAAAAGAUCAGGUUUUGGUGUCUGAGUUCAAACAACUAAAACUGGAGAAAGAGGCACAGAAGAACUGGGAUCUAUUUUACAAAAGAAACAGCACCAACUUCUUUAAAGACAGACAUUGGACAACCAGAGAGUUUCAAGAGUUAAAAGCAUGUCGGGAGAAAAAUGCCUUAUACAGUACUGAAAGAUGUAAAGUGUUCCAGUGUGAUCUUACCAAAGAUGAUCUUCUAGAAAAUAUACCAGCAGAUUCUGUGGAUGUUAUUACACUUAUAUUUGUGCUUUCUGCCAUUCAUCCUGACAAAAUGCAUCUUGUCUUGAAGAACAUCUACAAGGUAUUAAAACCAGGCAGGUGUGUCUUGUUCCGAGACUACGGACUGUAUGAUCAUGCAAUGCUGAGGUUUAAGUCUGGCAGCAAACUUGGAGAAAACUUUUAUGUUAGACAAGAUGGGACACGAUCAUAUUUUUUUACCAAAGAGUUCUUGUCUCAGCUUUUCAAGGCUGAGGGGUAUGAGCAAGUGGUCAAUGAGUAUGUGCAGCGAGAAACUGUGAAUAGGAAAGAAGACUUGCGUGUUCCAAGAGUUUUUCUUCAAGGCAAAUUUCAAAAGCCUUUCAGUAAGACAUAAGUUCUUGCUGAUUAGCAGCAGCAUUGCUUGUUUGAAAUGGAGGCUAGCACAUAUUUUUUUCUUGUUUGUGCUCGCCUUUCUGGUAAACCAGAAACUACUGUAUCCAGUACCUCUUGCUGGUUUUCAUCCUCAGAUGCAAAGUAUGAAUGCAAUUUCUAAUUAAAAUCUAAGAUGGUUUAGUGAUGCAGGCAACCUGUUGAGCAUCUGUAUUCCUGCUUCUCAUGUAAGUCCUGUGCAGCAUUGUUGGAGGACCAGGUAAAGCACACUAAAUAUGGUUCAUUUUUACCACUAGUUUUUGUUAGUUAUUACUGUAAUUGUUGUCUCCAUUUUUAUUAAAAAUAUUUUAAAAAUAA